CUGAGCUGCCCCACUCUCAGUGUCGCCCAGUGUGACGGUCAGAAGAAAAGCCGAGCUCGCAUCGCCUCCAGCCACACUGUCCGUUGAGAGUUCGAUCAGAGAGGAUCAAUCUACAACAGGAUGGCUUUCCGUUGCAUCAUCUUCUUCGUGGCCGUCGCCCUGCCCCUCGCCUGGGCCAACUCCGCCGGCGCCCCCAAUGACGCCUGCAAGGACCUCGUGCCGCAGCACCACGUGGACCCGCAGUCCUCCACGCCGCCCUACAGCUAUGUGCUGCCCAAGAAGCGCACCGUGUCGCCCGGAGAGUCCGUGGCGGUGACUGUGCGCGGCAACAGCGACAACGACACCAUCAAGGGCUUCCUGGUGCAGGCGCGCCCCGUCGGCAAGUCCCAGUCCGUGGGCAGCUUCGCCCCGCUGCCAGGACAUCCCCUGCAGGGACUCAACUGCGGAAGUGCAGACAAUGCACUGACCCACACGAAGAUUGAGAACAGCGUGAAGGAGGUGAGCUUCAAGUACACCGUCCCGCAGAACGCCCAGAAGGGACAGAAGUUCAACUUCCUCUCCACCGUGGCUCUCAAUGGGGGUGUCUUCUGGGUGCGCGUGCCCUCGGAGGUCUUCACUGUCGCCUAAGAACCCCAUGAGGCUCUCCCGACUCACGUUUUGUUACCAAUCAGCACAAUUUUAGCGCAAAUAAAGUGUAGUGUCCUUUUCUAUCAACACAACGAACAAAAA